AUAAAAGAUUUCGCAAGAUACCAAACUUCAUUUCUCAAUAACAGUCAGUCUCAGCCAAAAUUAUACUUGUUGAAGAGAUCGCCUAUGAGAGGAAAAGAGCACAAGGAGGAGGAGAAGGAGGGGGAAGAAGAAAAAGAAGAAGAGGAGGAGGAGGAGAAGGAGGGGGAAGAAGAAAAAGAAGAAGAGGAGGAGGAGGAGGUUAUCGACUAUGUGUUCAAGAUCGUCGUUGUCGGUGACUCGGCGGUGGGGAAGACACAGUUGCUGGGGCGGUUCACCAAGGACGAGUUCCACUUCGACUCCAAAUCCACCAUCGGCGUCGAGUUCCAAACCCGCACCCUCAACCUCAACCGCAAGCGCAUCAAGGCCCAAAUCUGGGACACCGCCGGCCAAGAAAGGUACAGAGCCAUCACCAAUGCUUACUAUCGAGGAGCUGUAGGUGCAAUGCUAGUCUACGAUGUCACCAGAAGACACACCUUCGAUCACAUCGCGAAAUGGAUUGAGGAACUCCGCGCCAACGCCGAUAACUCCAUCGUCGUAGUGCUCAUCGGAAAUAAGUCCGAUCUCGUCGGAAAGAGGGAGGUCUCGUUGGACGACGCAGUCGAGUUUGCGGAGGAGCAAGGGCUCUUCUUCUCCGAGGCAUCGGCGCUCAGCGGGGAGAACGUCGAGACGGCUUUCCUGAUGCUGUUGGAGGAGAUCUAUGGGGUGGUGUCGAGGCAGGCCUUGGAGUGCGAUGCAGCGAGGAGGAUUACUUAUGGAGGGAACAGCGACGUGUUGAACUUGAGAGGGACCAAGUUGCCUGUCCUUUCGGAGGCGUCCAUCAUGGAGACCAGUGCUAUGAGAAAAGAAACACAAUAUUGUGCUUGUUCGUCAUGAUUCUUCCCUCUGUAAAAAUUGCAGGAUUACUGUAAAAGUUGCUGACUUCGUUUCCAGAAAUCAAGCAUUUUGGCUGGACAGACCUCUAACAUA